UCGUCGUCGGCUUACUCCUUAGAGACCUGGCGCCACCGCGGAAGCCGCUAUUGGCGGACGCCCGGGACCGCGACUGCUCACUUCCGGCGCCGGCGACGACUCUGCCCGCUCGGGCACUCUCAGCCUCCCCCGCCCUUCCACCAUGGCCGCCUCUGUGUGGUGUGGGGAGAAGCUGGUCCUCCCGUAGCGCUCCGGCCGCAUCCUCACCCGCUAGGGGCCGGAUUCCAAGGAACCGCGUUUCCCAAUCCCGCUGGGAAGGUUUCCCACCCCCAAUUCAGGGCCAGGACUCCUUCCCACACCUCGAGAGGCAGAAACUUAGGGUCUCCCCUCCUUUCAGGAUAAGAAGCCAGAGGGUUCCCUCUCCACUUCUGCAAGGGUGGCAGCCUUGCCCACCUCUCUGCAGGGCACAAGACCCUAGUCCCAUACUUCUGCGCUAAAGCUCUGCCCCAGCACGGCUACUCCAGAGGGAGCAUCUAGAGAACCCGCGUCUUUCCCCUCCGCAGGAGAGGAGGCAAGAGUGCGGAAAGCCAGGCCUAUCGGCCUCCCUCCCACUUGUUCCUCUUGCUCCUCGUCCUUGGCAAGCCAGAGUUCUCCAUUUCUAGGACUUAACACCCGUCUACUCCCUUGACCUCUUCCGGUCUCCUGGCUGCAGCCAUGGAGUUACAGAAGGGAAAGGGGACCGUAGCAGCUGCUUCAUCAGGAGCAGCGGGAGGUGGAGGAGGAGGAGCGGGAGCAGGAGCCCCAGGAGGGGGGAGGCUGCUACUUUCAACCAGUUUGGAUGCCAAGGAUGAGUUAGAGGAGAGGUUGGAAAGGUGUAUGAGUAUUGUCACAUCGAUGACUGCUGGUGUCUCCGAGAGAGAAGCCAAUGAUGCCCUCAAUGCGUAUGUGUGCAAAGGACCUCCCCAGCAUGAGGAGAUCUGCCUAGGCCUGUUUACUCUUGUCCUCACUGAGCCUGCCCAAGCCCAGAAGUGUUACCGGGACUUGGCUCUGGUCAGUCGUGAUGGUAUGAACAUUGUCCUGAACAAAAUCAACCAGCUACUUAUGGAGAAGUACUUGAAGUUGCAAGAUACCUGCCGUACUCAGUUGGUGUGGUUGGUUCGGGAACUAGUAAAGAGUGGAGUUCUGGGAGCUGAUGGUGUUUGCAUGACAUUUAUGAAGCAGAUUGCAGGUGGUGAUGUUACAGCCAAAAAUAUCUGGUUGGCAGAAAGUGUUCUGGAUAUCCUGACGGAACAGAGGGAGUGGGUACUGAAGAGCAGCAUCCUCAUUGCCAUGGCUGUGUACACGUACCUCCGACUCAUCGUGGACCACCAUGGGACCGCCCAGCUCCAGACCCUUCGGCAGAAGGAAGUCGACUUCUGUAUCUCCCUGCUUCGGGAACGGUUCAUGGAAUGUUUGAUGAUUGGCCGGGACCUCGUAAGAUUACUUCAGAAUGUUGCUAGGAUACCAGAAUUUGAACUGCUUUGGAAAGAUAUCAUACAUAACCCUCAGGCCUUGAGUCCUCAGUUUACAGGUAUCCUACAGUUACUUCAGUCAAGAACAUCCCGGAAAUUUUUAGCCUGUCGUCUAACCCCAGACAUGGAAACGAAGCUGCUCUUCAUGACAUCGAGGGUGCGGUUUGGCCAGCAAAAGCGAUACCAGGAUUGGUUCCAGCGCCAGUACCUCUCAACCCCUGACAGUCAGUCUCUGCGCUGUGACCUCAUUCGAUACAUCUGUGGGGUAGUUCACCCCUCUAACGAAGUGCUGAGUUCUGAUAUCUUGCCCCGAUGGGCCAUCAUUGGCUGGCUCCUGACAACAUGCACGUCCAAUGUUGCUGCCUCCAAUGCCAAGCUGGCUUUGUUUUAUGACUGGCUGUUCUUCAGCCCAGACAAGGAUAGCAUUAUGAACAUAGAGCCAGCUAUUCUGGUCAUGCAUCACUCCAUGAAGCCCCACCCAGCCAUCACUGCCACGCUUCUGGACUUCAUGUGCCGAAUCAUCCCUAACUUCUACCCACCGUUGGAAGGUCACGUUCGGCAGGGCGUCUUUUCUUCUCUCAACCACAUUGUGGAGAAACGAGUCUUGGCACACUUGGCUCCCCUGUUUGAUAACCCUAAAUUGGAUAAAGAGCUUCGGUCCAUGCUUCGAGAGAAGUUUCCUGAGUUCUGCAGCUCACCCUCCCCUCCUGUGGAAGCCUCAUUUCCAGAAGCAUCUGGUAUACUGGGGAGCACAAGAGGCUAUCAGGAGUCUUUUUUUCUUUACUCACAAGUCAAAAUUGAAGAGCCUGUUUCCAUGGAAAUGGACAACCAUCUGUCAGAUAAGGAUGAGAGUUGCUAUGACAAUGCAGAGGCAGCCUUCAGUGAUGAUGAGGAGGAUCUUAAUAGCAAAGGGAAGAAGAGAGAAUUUCGCUUCCACCCCAUCAAGGAGACUGUUGUGGAGGAGCCAGUUGAUGUCACCCCUUACCUUGAUCAGUUGGAUGAGUCCCUAAGGGACAAAGUGCUGCAGCUGCAGAAGGGAAGUGAUACAGAGGCCCAGUGUGAGGUCAUGCAGGAAAUUGUGGAUCAGGUCCUGGAGGAAGACUUUGACUCGGAGCAGCUGUCUGUCCUUGCUUCCUGCCUACAGGAGCUCUUCAAGGCCCACUUCCGAGGGGAGGUGCUGCCUGAAGAGGUCACUGAAGAGUCCCUGGAGGAAUCAGUAGGGAAGCCUCUGUACCUAAUAUUUAGGAACCUGUGCCAGAUGCAGGAGGACAACAGCAGCUUUUCGCUGCUUCUGGACCUUCUCUCCGAGCUGUACCAAAAGCAGCCCAAGAUUGGCUACCACCUGCUUUACUACCUGAGGGCAAGCAAAGCCGCCGCAGGGAAGAUGAACCUGUACGAGUCAUUUGCCCAGGCUACCCAGCUGGGUGACCUGCACACCUGUCUAAUGAUGGACAUGAAGGCUUGCCAAGAGGAUGAUGUGCGGCUGCUAUGCCACCUCACGCCUUCCAUCUACACAGAGUUUCCAGAUGAAACCUUAAGGAGCGGGGAGCUGCUGAACAUGAUAGUGGCUGUUAUUGACUCUGCACAGCUCCAGGAGCUAGUCUGCCAUGUGAUGAUGGGGAACCUGGUCAUGUUCCGGAAGGACUCAGUCCUCAACAUACUCAUUCAGAGCCUGGACUGGGAAACCUUUGAGCAGUAUUGUGCCUGGCAGCUCUUCCUUGCCCACAACAUCCCUCUGGAGACUGUCAUCCCUAUUCUGCAGCACCUCAAAUACAAGGAGCACCCAGAGGCCCUGUCCUGUCUCCUGCUUCAGCUUCGAAGAGAGAAGCCCAGUGAGGAGAUGGUGAAGAUGGUGCUGAGCCGGCCCUGCCAUCCUGAUGACCAGUUCACCACCAGCAUCCUGAGGCACUGGUGCAUGAAGCACGAUGAGCUGCUUGCAGAGCACAUCAAGGCCUUGCUCAUCAAGAACAACAGCCUUCCCCGCAAGAGGCAGAGCCUAAGAAGCUCUAGCAGCAAGCUGGCCCAGCUGACCCUGGAACAGAUCCUGGAACACUUGGACAACCUAAGACUCAACCUAGCCAACACCAAGCAGAACUUUUUUAGCCAGACACCGAUCCUCCAGGCGCUGCAGCAUGUCCAGGCAAGCUGUGACGAAGCUCACAAGAUGAAGUUCAGUGACCUCUUCUCCCUGGCCGAGGAAUAUGAGGACUCUUCCACUAAGCCACCCAAGAGCCGGCGGAAGGCAGCUCUGUCCAGCCCUCGAAGUCGAAAGAAUGCUGCCCAGCCUCCCAAUGCUGAAGAAGAGUCGGGCUCCAGCAGUGCCUCGGAGGAAGAAGACACAAAGCCUAAGCCCACCAAACGAAAACGAAAAGGCUCCUCUGCUGUGGGUUCUGACAGUGACUGAGGCCUGGCAUUCCCACCCUGCCCCAGCCUGAGAAACGUCCACGCAGCCCCACCCCUCCUCUUAUCCCAGGGCCUCCAGCUCCUUUUACCCCUCUCCACUGCUGCUCCCACUGGUAGGUACUCACAGCAGCCAGACGCUGUGCAGAAGCAGAUCAUGGUGGAAGAUCUUGCCCCUGGCUCCUCCCCAAGUCUCCAAAGAGCCAUUGGACAGAGAAGGGAGUGAUGAAGAGGCUUCUGGGCAGAGAAGCUGGGACGGCGGCAGAUGCUGUGUGAGUGGGCACUCCUUCCUGCUUCCCUUCAGUCUGCAUUUGUUCUGAACAGACACUUGUAGUCUGUGGACGGCGGUCACUACACCAGUGUGAAAUGGGCAUCUGACCUGGUGUGGGCGGUGCCCAUCUGGGCAAAUGCCACAGCCUUCAGAAAAGAACCUGAUGACAGCGUAAGAGGCUCUUGCUGCACCUGGGAUGCUUGGGUUGGCCCAGCAUUGGCACUUCAAGCUGAGCCGGAGCCCAGGGGAGUCCCGGAGGCAAGUUCCUCAGAACUGUCAAAUGGCCUGAUUUCUGUGGUUCUGUUUUUGCUUUUUCUUUUGGCAAAGAUAAUCGAGUUUUAAAUUGUUUUUAAGUGAUAAUGAAACAAGCCAGAACAUCUUUUGUGCCUGAGUUGA